AUGGUCGCGUCUCACGCGCUCACCAAGGCAGCGACCUCUCCCUCUUUCCUCCUCCUCACCCACCACAACAGCACCAUCCUGUUAAGCCCUAGCAUGACCGCUGCACCUACUGCCUCCACAAAACCUCACCCGCACCCGUCCGGCCGAGUACUCCCUCCCUACCUAGAGCGCCAAAGGCAGGCAGCUUCGACGGGACGAGCCCAUCGGCGAUUUAGCGACGCCGCCGGCUUGCGGACAAUUUUUGCGGAGGCUACCAAGGCAUGUCGGGAGGUGAGGGCGAUUACGACCAAUCUCAACAGGACGGCGGAUAGAAGGUCCAUUGAAUGCGGCUGGGUAGAAGGUCCAUUGACUGGAGUCGGGCUUCUCUCCACUGAAUUCGGCAGUGCCGCUGGAUCAAAGUAUUACUGCGAUGAGUGGAGGCUGGCAGGGCAGAGGGAACUUCCGUAUCGGGUGGAGAGGGCGGCUACAGCCAAUCUCAGCGGGACGGCGGGUAGAAGGGCUACUGAACUGCGGCGGGUAGAAGGUCUAUUGGAUGCGGCCGGGUAG